GAUGUCGAGCUCAUUCGUUUCAAUAAUGAGCGCUGGUGAAAUGAAUAGGGGUGGGUGAAGGGGGGCUUGUCUGUUUGUGUUCAUCCUUUCAGUUGGGAAAUUGGCAACAGCUGCAGGAACAGGUGGGCGAUCUUACUACAGCACCUUGGCGAGAUUGUUGUAUUUCUCCUUCAAAUUCUUCUCCAUUCAUUUACCGACUUUUGCAUUCUUAUGCCUUUCCUACUUUGAACAUACUUGGCAUUCUGUUUGUAUUUAGAACUUGUAACCCUGGAAGUCUGUUGUCUUCCUGUAAGGACGUCCUGCGGCCCCCAAAAUAUCUCCGCAAUGCCACGCAGGACAGCGACGUGCCUUUGCGAGCGUGUUAAGAAUAGAUCCACAAUGGGGCUCGCUCCCGUCUUCUGUUGUCUGAGGACUGCCAGUUGUCUUGCGGGGAACUCGGGGAGAGCAGUCCAGGAGCAUAAACUCACAAUGGAUCAUGUUGGAUUUAAACUACCGUACCUUUGAAUAUACUUCCUGUUGGGUAGAUCUAAUCAAAUGUUCUUGCUACAAGAACAUAAAAGGUGACAAAUGCUGAGGUCUUACAAGGAGACUUAAGGCCCAAAACGUUUUGGACCGAACAUGGCGGGAUCCAGUCCAUCCGAAAUCAUCUUUAUCUCUAUGAAUCAAAGCAUCACCUUGAUAGGAAAAGUGUGGCUGGUGGUGAUGAUCUUUCUCCGCAUCUUCAUCCUCCUCCUGGCCGGUUAUCCUCUCUACCAGGAUGAGCAGGAACGAUUUGUAUGCAACACGAUUCAACCGGGCUGUGCCAACGUGUGUUAUGAUAUCUUUUCCCCGAUAUCUCUUUUUCGUUUCUGUCUGGUGCAACUUGUCACCUUAAGUCUGCCCUACGUGGUCUUUACGAUCUAUGUGAUCCAUAAAUGUGGCCUCAAUGGAACAAAAAGCUCCUUGGACCCAGGUGAAACCAUUUACAAGAUCCAACAAGAGAUCUCGGUCCCCAAAAAAUCUCCAGGAGUAGAGCGAGGGUUGAUCCGAUGCUUUACGGGUGCAUAUAUAUUUCAGUUGGUAUUCCGGACUUUGCUGGAGGCAGGAUUUGGAGCGGCACACUACUACCUCUUUGGAUUCUAUAUCCCGAGGAGGUUUUUAUGCCAGCACCCUCCGUGCACCACUCAGGUGGACUGCUACAUCUCCAGACCCACCGAGAAGACCGUGAUGCUUAAUUUUAUGCUCGGCAUGGCCGCCUUGUCGCUUUUUUUAAACGCUUUGGAUUUCAUUUGCGCUAUCAAGCGCUCCGUGAGGCAGAAGAGUCAAAGAAAGUCGAUGGAGCGUGUUGAUGAGCAGCAUUUCCUGGGAACCCCUGAUCCGAAUUCUUCCUUGGAUUGUCUGGAAACAGAAACUGGUCAAAGAGGGAGUUUCCGAAAGAGGCAAGGCAGUAGGAGUUCUUGCCAAGCGAGACCACUCGGAAUAAUUCAAGAUGCAACCUCUGCCUCUUCGGAACCUUUACGAAGCAAUAGCAAUAAAAACAAUGGCUACUCUCCUUCCCGAGAGAAGGCUUUCUGUCACUUAGAGCCCAGUAGGACCCCCAAAGCUAUUCGUGUUAAUAAACGCAGCAGGCUUAAACCUCAACCACCCCCCAGGCGGGACUUUGGGCUUCACCCUGCCGUGUCACCCAAAAGAGGUGAGCCCGUAGCAACAGGAGCCCCUACGAAGACGAUUGGUCAGCACGAUCUGGUGGAGCUGGGCGUCGGUGCGGAACUGUCUGACGAUGAAGGUCAGGAGAAAAGAUCUGAGUGGGUGUGACUUUUGCAAGUUAUUAAAAUGUGAGAGCAACUGGAGAUCUAGCUUUCCAUAGUGGCAACAACUGUUGGAUCCCUCGAUCGCUGUCCUACCUCACACUGCCAACAGAUGGCGUUGCUUCGGACCUUGUCUUUGACUCUCUUUGAUGCAAAACAACAAUAUCUUGUGUCAAGAAGAACAACACCCCGCCCGAGUCAUGGAAGGCAAGAUGUGCGAGCCUUAAGCCUCAUUGGGUGGGGCGCACUUUGACCUUGAGCUUAUCUAAAAGUACAGCUCACCUGUUUCCACCAAUCCUGACCACAAAAGGUCAUGACCUCUCCCGUAUACCCUUACCCUGUGAUUCCACCUUGGGGCGUCUCGUGUGCUCGGGGUCAAAGUUCACGUCAGGAGCUUUUGUGUCCAUCUUUUGUUGUUUGACUUUUGCAGUGGUUACUUGACUGACGAGUAAGCUUCCGAUAUGGGAAAUAAAAAGCUGCAGAGUCAGCAUGAUGCUAAUUUAGUAAGCUAAAACUUAUUAUAGAAUAUGGGGUUAUUUUUCUAAUUUAAAAAUGGUUUUAUGGAAGCUCAAAUAUAUUCAUUUCAACUCUUUUCAAAUGGGGAAUAUUAAUUUUAAUAUGCUAGUAAAUCUAGUUUGGUCACGGAAUACAUUGAAUUUGGAAGUCAAGGGUCCUCUAAGGUUCCAGUAGCAAUUAAAGUGAGCAUAGUCUGUCAGGAGUUGAAGGUCAUAACAUUUCUUUAUUUAUGGAAGACAGCUUGUCACUCUAUUUCAGGGCAGCUAGCAACAUUACUAGAAAUAGAGCGCAGCAAAAGGACCUCGGUUGCCCUCUGGGAGAUCUGCCGAUCAAAGAUUUCUAGUCUCAAAGAAAGUCAGUGUUUGACAGACUGACUCAUCUGCUGACGUGGGUGGAGGCUCCCGUAGUAAAUCAGUUGCGAGCACGCGUUCCAUUCAGCCCCGAGAGUCGUCUUUGUGUAAACUGAUAUCUCCUGAUCUUUGUUCUCUCGCCGUCUCUUUUGGAAAGUGAUAACAAAAAGCUUCGGGCUUCCUGGAUCUCACAAUGCUCGGCCUUUUGACUCGCAUAGGACGGGAGUGACCACAGGCUGUAACAGGUGUGGCGAUGCUGCACCUUCUUGUAUUGAGACCCCAAGCUUUCCUUUCCUUUCCUUUCCUUUCCCAUAAGCCAAUUUAAGAAUUGGUUUUGACCAAUAUAUUUCCUGGUUCAAUAAGAGUUGUUACUUAAAUCUUCUUAUCACAUCAUGAAACCAACAGUUCUUAGCCACUGCGAAGCUUCAAAAAGAACAUCCAUAAUAUCCUGCUAAAUUUUUCAUGUCUUAACAGUUGUGCAAUCUUUUGGUGCCUUCAGUGUUAGACUCAAAUGAGAUGUGCAUAAAUAUAACAUACAUACGCCGGUUACAUAUGUAUUUUUGUCGCACUUUAUUUUUGGGGCCUAUAUUGCAAGGUUUUGUUGCAGAUUGUGAUUUUUUAGCAACUCUAGAAACACAAAAUGUGAAAUUUUACACUUGAAAUUUCGUUUGUUCUUUGGUAUUGUGCUAACCUUUCAAAUCAUUCUACGUUAUUGUCAUAACAGUUGUUAAAUUACUGGGCUGUCGGGGUGUUUCUGAGAAUAUUGCUAAGUCUUUUUUUAAUGCAAAUUAUGUCAUUAAUAUAAGAAGAACCAGAUUAACCUGCUAAGAACCUCCAUUGAAACACAGCAACAAUUACUAGCACAAAUCAUGCCUUUGAGCCAUUGACACAUAUUUUAUUGUUUUUUUGUAUAUUUCGUUAUUUGCUGUAUGUGUAUACAUAGAGAGGAUAUAAGUUAAUCGUUCAUAUAAAAGGAAGAUAAAAGUGAAACGCUUUGGAGGCAAUAGAAAUAAAAUGUGCCAUUAAUGCACGUUAAGGGGAUGUUAUGUAGCAAUAGCGCCCUCCCGCGGACAAUGUUGUGAACUACGACUAAGAGAAUUGUGUUGUAGUCAUUAAAUAUGAAAAUUAUGC